CCUGUGCGAGUGGAGGGCGGGAAAAGGGAAGGAGAGAGGUGGCACUCAAGUGACGUCACGAGGCGGGGCGCGAGAAGAUGGCGGCUUCCGGUCUGCCUGCGUCUGGGGAGCGGCCUGGUUUCUUCUGGGCCCGUCCGUCCCGCGGCGCUGAGCGGUGGCCUUCCCCCGCGGUCCGGUUGUGCCACUGGCUCGUUCGCUGCGGACCUUGGCCCUGCUGGGGUACCUGUCCCUCGGGCCUGGCUCUGAGGUGCCCUCAGGAUUGCGGGCUGUAGUGAGAGUCCGGGCCUCGGUGCUGCUCCCCCAUCACAGGGAACUGCAGUGUCCGGGUCUUUUGGCUUCUUCAGUCGUAAAAAUAACGCCGUGUGCCCCAGUAAGAGGAUCGCUGACCUUGACCUUAAAGCUCCUGUGGCACAGCAGGAAACCGCCUGCACAGAGGAGGCCUUGUCACAACAGAAGUCUGUUUGCCUGCGUGCACUACGCCCUUUGCCCGCAGCUGUGGGGCACCGGGGAAGGCUGUGGCUUUAAGCGCAGUUCACCUGGCCCAGCACGGUGACAUCGUGCACGGUGACAUCAUGCCAUGUGCCUGGAUGAGUGCUCAUCACAUGAGCAGGGCAAGGGUUUCUGUGGCUGAUGCUAAAUAAAGCCUAGGGCGGAAUUUUGUGUGUCACGUUCCUGUUAUAAGAAAAAAAAAUAGCAUGAUAUUGUGCCUUCUGGGAGCUGCUGAAGCCACAGAAAUAGCAAUUUGUGAGGCCAGGUUCUAGGGUGGAUUAUGAAUCUCUUUUUCCUUUCUUCUGGCUGAAUGUGAGCUAGAGGUGUGCCCAGGCAGCCAAGAAGGCCAGCGACAUCCAAGUUGUAUCAGCAGUAGUGCAGCCAGCAGGAGCAGGAGGUGUUUAUCCUUCUGUCCUGGCACUGGAGGGACCGCACUUCAAGCACUGUGUUCAGUUUGGGCCCUUCACUACAAGAAAGACACUGAGGCCCUGGAGUGCGUGCAGAGAAUGAGCUGCAAAGGGUCUGUGAAGUGUUGUAGUGUGCUGAUAGAACAUGAGCUGGCUGAGAGGUAGUCGAGGUGAAACUGCCUUUCCCCCACACAGACAGGCACAGACCAGCAUCUCUACUUUUCAGCUGCAAGCCCUGGUUACUUCUUUCUACAAGACUGGAUAGGAAGCUGAAACAAAUGGAUUUACAAACCUCCUUAGUAAUGUAGAGAUGCAACUGAGCAAAACAUGGCCUGGGUAGCCUGAUCUGUGCUUUUGGUUUGUGGUUGGAGCAGCACUGUUGUUUAGCUUUGUUUGGAAAAUAGCGCAAUAACAGGGCUGAACCCUGUGCUUGAAGCAAUAGCAAUGUUGUUGCUUCUGCAAAACAGGAGUUAUUUUUCCCCUUUGUCCUAGAGUUGCACAUCACUUUUUCUUAAUCUCCAGGCCUUUCUUCAUGUGGUUGACCAGUGGAUUUCAAACUCUAAAUCCUUCUUCCAUCUAGUAAACAGCAGCAUCUGGAAUUGACUCUUCUCAUUGCAGUUAACUCAUAGGGGCAACAGUAAAGGGUAGACUGAAAAUUAUUUCCAUUGUAUUUGUUCUCUUGACAAUUCAAGGAAUUUAUUUAUUCCUAUCAUCCCGAGUUUUCCAUUUUUCAUUGCUCUUUCACCUUUGCAGCUCAACAGUGGGAUUUGUGAUGCUCAUGCAAGGUGUGUGCAAGGAGCUUAGCAGCUUGGCUGCUGGGUGGAUCUGGUCGGUGAUGCUCCUCCCAUGUAGGCUUGGAGCUGGAUUAGCAGUGUCAGUGGUGCUCAGACAAGAGUCUGGGGUUUAGUGGAGACUCCAGCCCUUUGGCACCACAUGUCCAGCACAGCUGCCAUGCUGACAUGAGGGUACUUUGCAGCCCCUUUGUGUAGAUCAGGGUUGCAUCCAGACGCAAAACUCACCCAGUUUUGUGAGCAAACUCAAAACACUGAAAUUGUGAAACUGAGUGAACAACUUGGAUUUUGAUUUCUUUAAUAGUCCAAAUACCUUCUGCAAGUUCUCCACUCCCUAGGAUAGGGUUUGGUAACCUCUGACAAAUGAGACAAACCAGUUUUGAGCAGCAUCUUGCAAGACGCUUGUGUACCAGGGAAUAUCACUGCUGCUAACGUACCAAUAGGCUGGAAACAAGUGGAACCUUGUGGUACUGCUCACGCCGUUCAUCAGCUCAGGAUAGCAACUUUUCUCUCUGUUGUCCUAUGGGCUGCUCCCCCAACAUCAGUGAGACAUGCAGCCCUCCACACUGCCUGGGGCUUUCAGCCAGCAGCUAAGUGCACGCCUUUCCUAGGAACGUAUUGCAGUCUAGUCCAUUUAUUUUAAUGAGUAGCCUUAGGUAUUAAAAGACAUCACACAUCACAUGCUCCUGCCUUUGCUGUCGUUUCAUUGGACAUUUGGCUUCGAGAUCUGUGUCAAACAGAGAUAUAAAAUACAGCAAGAGCGGCCAGAAACAGGAGUAGAUUGGGAACAGCUAAGUGUUGGCUUGCUUUAGAAGAGACCUCCAAACCCGUCCUGUACAGCUGCUUUCUUGUGCCUUGAGCUCUUGGUUUUAGCAGAAGUUAUGAAGACAAAUGGAAACGAGAGAUCUUUCUCUUUAAUGUUUAGAGGCUGCAGUUUCCUGCAGAUGUAUGAAGCUGGAGUGGUAAAGGCUUUGCAGGAGUUGUCACCUGAGAUACUGAAAUCCGCAUCCAAGAUCUAUGGGAUAUCGUCGGGAUCGAUUGUGGCUGCAUUUGCAGUGUGCGAGUGUGAUAUAGAUGAGCUGCAGCAGUACCUCUACAGUGCUGGGAAACUCUUUUUCAGCAUGGUUCUUACAGCCCGGGGGAAAGUCCUGCGCGUCGUAAAGGAUGCCUUAAAUAAAUUUCUGCCUGUGAAUGCCCACCAGCUGGCAUCUGGGAAGCUGCACAUCAUCCUCACCCGCCUGCGUGACUGGAAUAGCGUGACAGUUUCAGAGUUUGCUUCAAAGGAGGACAUCAUUCAGGCCGUGUUAUGCAGCUGCUUCAUCCCUCUGUGUUUUGGCUUUAUCCCUCCUCUGUACCAUGGGGUGCGUUAUAUUGAUGGGGAAUUCGGCAUGCGGAAGGCCAGCUACACGUCCCAGACCACCAUCACCGUGUCUGCUUUAGCUGGCGAAUAUGACAUCUGUCCCAGAGAUUGCCCGGUUGCCUUCUUCACUGUCCAAAUAACUGAUUGGAUUUUACAGAUAUCAGAACAAAACUUGUACCGCAUACAGUGCCUUUUCCAGUGUCCCUCAGAGAAAGUUUGUAAACAGCUUUAUCAUGAUGGCUACCAGGAUGCAGUCUCCUUCUUACAAAGACUGAAUGCCUUUGGUAUCAACUACCUUUCUGAAGACCUUAUGCUUCCACUGCACAAGGAAUUGUGCCAGAAGGGUGAAGGCACCCUGCACAGGAAGGCAGGAACAGGAGUACCUUGCUCCAGAGCAACAGAGUCUCAGGACAUCGCCCAGGAGAACACAGAGGACCACACCAAAUGAUAAAUGUUAAAGGAAAAGAACGAGACCCUCACUAUUCCACAUCUAAAAAUAAAACCUUGGAAAACUCAACAUGAAAGAAAUCAAGACAUUUCCAUUGAAAACCAUUGUGAAGCACUGACAGUUCUACCGAUGUGAAGAGACCUGCUGUGGAAAUGCAGAACGAUUCACACGCUUGCUUGUUUAAAGGCCUCAUUGGUCUGAACUACACUUAGCCUUUGAAAACAGCAGGGUAGGAACCAAGUUUCUCUGGAGGUUUGGCAGGAUCUGGGCAAUCAGGAUCCACUUGGUCUCUUGUUUGGAGGGAAGGAAUGAAAACGGGCUUUUUUCCAAGGCAGAAGCUGGGCUGUAACAUUUUUCAUUAACCUGAGAUAGACUAGAUGAGCUUUAAAGGUCCCUUCCAACUCUAAAGAUUCUGUGAUUCUAAGAUCCCCUGUGGAAGGAAUCACGACUUAUUUGUUAGGCCAAGAGAGCAACCAAGAGGUUGAGCAGAGCUCUCAGUCUCUAGAGGAAAAGCACUUCAGAUUUUUUCAUGCCUGGGAAGGAAAAGUCCUGAUCUAGGUCAAGAAAAGGCUAUUUCAUUGUUUGUCUGCACAAUGAUGUACCAUCACUGAUGUUACUGAACAAGCAAGAGUACAAAUCCACCCACGACUCGCACACGUUUUCUUAUUAAGCCAGAAUAUCUCCAAAAGGACUGCUGCACAGGAGCAAGGCUCAGGUGGCAUUGGUGGACUAAUCACAAGCAUUUGCCUCUUUAUCCAUCUGCCCAGCAAGACAUUUUGCAAGUCCUUAGUAUCUAGCCUAGGAGCAGAGUCAGUUCAAGACAAAACAGUUGCAUCAAAAAGCCAGGGGCACACACACAGGAUAGAACAUGUUUGUUUUGUUUUGGCUUCGUGGCAUGGGAGGGGAGAGUCUGGGGCCUGAUCCACUGAUGGGAUCUACCUUCAGAGCGAGCUCCUACAGCUUGGGCUGUGUCCAACCCUCUAUCCAAGCCUCCUUGAGCUUCGUGGCUCUGCAGGUUUCAGUACAGACUGGGCCAAGCAGAAAGACAGCAGCAUGAGAACGUUAUUUUAAGGAUUUCAAAGCCUGUUUAUCUUAUUACACUGCAGAUAACAGCAGUGAGGGAAGCAGCCCUGACCAGGUGCUUGAAUCCAGUUUGUUACAGAAGGAUCAGCAGAGUCUGUCAGAUUGACCGAUGUGAUUUUACUGCCUUUAGGGCCUCGCCAGCUACAGAAGAACAUUUUUGACACAGCUGCUGCCUUUGGCCCCAGUUCAUGUUUUAAAGAAAAAAAAAAGAGCAACUUCCAGCACAGCCUGCAGACAGCCACUGAGGUGCACUGAAGAGCACACUGACAGAACAUCACCAGCACAGGCAGGGCCACGACCCUCCUUGUGUUCCCAGAGGCCACAUACGAAUCCCAUCACCCACCUUUAAUGCAGCUAUUUCAGGAGAAAUACAGGAUCUACUGCAGCUGGUUUGAGCUGGGUACAGCUGAGUUUUCCAGCUUGCCGUCCCAGGGUGAAACAAGCUCCUGCAGAACAUGAUUCAAAGAAAUGCCAAAUUUUGCCCAUUUUCUCCUUUGUGCCAUUAGCCCUAAGCUUGUGCAGUGGAGACAGCAUCCACGUGUGCUUGCCUGAAAAGAUGAGGGCUUAGCAAAGCAUAAGGCAGCAGAUGCGUAUGCUGAGUCAUGAAAUAAUUACAUCUUAGCAUGUUCCUGCAGGCUUGGAGCAGGAGGAGGGAUGAUUCUUGUGAUCAGCAAGUAGAGUGGCUAGGGAAAACAGUGGCUGGGCUGUAUGUGCAUGCAAGAUGCCCGAUCCCUCCUGCACAGACUGCAGCUUGGCUGAAGAUGCACUGCUUUUCCUUGGCCGUCAUGUUAAAGCGGGUCAGGCCUGGGUGGGGAGACUGCUGCGGUAGCACUAAAAACAAAAUCAGCCCAUUUCUCCAAUUGAAAAAACCACCCCCAAAUAACUUCGUGAGGACAUCAUCCACGCAGCCGUGUGAAAUGAUGUGCACUGUCGUCCACUGCUUCCUGGGGUGGCAAAACCUCGUGGUGUUGGAGAACUCCAGGGCCCAUCCGGGGUGGUUACCUAAGGGAACAGUGAGCGGUCAUUGAGUCAGGGAACCAGAAACCCCAAGGAUGUUUGAGGAGUUGCAUAGAGAUAGCUGCCUGUGGAAUAAAAUCAUUGCUAGCUGCGUGCAAGGUAAUGUGGAGCAGGCUUUGGGUAGGCAUGGCUCAUAGAACUCUGUCUGGCAAGUUUACUGCCUCGAAUGCUGAGAGUUUAGUGCCAAAACAUCAAUUGGUGGAGAUUCCUCGUGUGUCCUGCUAGGACAGAGCCCAGCAUGUAAUUGCUCUGCAAUACAUUGCUGUAGGGAAGUGGCACUAGGCUGGUUUGUAGCUUCUCGCAGAUGUUACUGAACAAAUAGCAAAACAUUACAGGGGGGAAAAAAAAUAGUCCCUUUUAAAGGUGGGGUGCCACAGAUUUGCAGUUUUUAGCCAAGCUCAGCAUCAGUGACUCAUGGGUGAGAGCUCUCCCAAGGUUUCCUAGCUCUGUGCCCUGCCCUCCCUCUGCUCCUUAUCUCACCUCCUGGCCCCUGCUCUCUUAGGCAAACCAGGCACCAUUGUUCGGAGGAGCUUCUGGAACCGUUUUGCCAUGGAGCUGAUAUCUUCCAGCAGCCUCCACAGCUGCUCCAGCCUGCAAAUGCAAAGUAAGCAGGUUUAAGGUCUGGUAACUGCAGCGAAAAGAGGGAGAGUGUUAACAGCAAAUGUACACUGUAACGCUCGUCUCCAGAUUCAAGCAAUCCUGUGCUAGUUUCACUUGCUCUCUAAGAGCUUGCCUUCAUGUCUGCAAUGAAAGGGGCUGCUGCAAAGCCUAUCACCUUUUCCUGACUUACAGUACAAGAGGGACUCAUGGCAGCCUGCUCUGCCCCCAGGGCUGCUCUGGGUGUUUCCCGUGGAGCUGCUGCCUGAAGGAUGCUGCAGCCUGCUGCACGCCCCAGUGCCGCCUGUGGGAUGCCAGUCUGCCCAGUGCCAGCCUCACACCGCAUCCCUUGAGCCUCUCGCCACUGCAGAACGCACGACGAGUGGAUUGUGCAUCAGUCUCAGCUCUGGUGCCUUCAUCGAGAUGUCCUUACCCCUUCCAGACAAACGCUGGCAGCUUGUACGGCUGCAGGAGGACCUUCGACAGCGGAUCCUGCAGUCUGCACAUCUGCUGCUUCUUCCACCGAGCCAGGUCUGCUCCCGAGGGGGACAACACAAGAGUAAAUAAAGACCCGUCAUUAGAAAUAACCCAAUGAAUGCAACGAUUCCUCCUGUCCAGCCACUCCUGCUGCCACCCUAAAACCCACAGUGAGUGCCCCGAGUCCUUUACCUGGGAGGAAGCGCAGUGCCAGGUACUGCGGGACGCACUUGCCCAGACCGUUCAGCAUCCCGUGGGGCUGUGGGAAAUCGUUCUUCCCACACAUGCUGGCAAAGCGGAAAUUGCCAUCGAAGUAGUUAACGCCGAAGGCAUCUGUGAGACACAAAAAGGAAGGGCUGCUGGUCGGCCACGCACUGGGUCGUGCUUUUAGGCUGCCCUUAGGGUCUGGGGGUAACACUUACUGUUCCUGCACAGGAAAAGGGCAGUGUCCUGGUACCCCUGGAAAAAAAUGUCGUUCAGGACCUGCAAAAAGAAACAGCUGAGGUCACUGCCAAGCUCUCCAUCCAAGAAAGAGGAGGUUCUGCCCAAGGCUGCUUGGCUGUGUGGGUUGGGAUGGACGGUCCGGGAGCAUGGCCAACACCUGAUGGUUUCCAGCUACCGAAGCACUGAUCCCUUGCAGGUGUUCAGAGCAGGGUGAACCCUGUCCCAGGUCGGCCACUCAUCGACAGCGCCCACCAAAAAGUCAGAGUGGGGGCAGCCCCAGGGUCUGAGCCCUCCCCUUGAAACCUGGUAGAUUAAUGGUGGAGGUCAGUAUGAACCCUAACGCUGGGGAAGGCAGAUCCGGCACUAAUUUGGAAUAGAAGAGAAUCACUGAGGCUAGAAAAGGCCUCUAAGAUCCCCAAGUCCAACCCCACCUCGCCA